GCCCACGUUUCCCAGCCGGACAAAUAAUUGUUACACAAUCGAGGGCAAACUAAACAUUACAGACGUAAACAUUGUGCCAAAGUGACUGAAUAUGUGGGUUAUAACGCGUCUUCUGUCCUCUGUUGUCCUGAAAGGACCAUACAGGCUCAUAUGUGGUCAUCCAGGUCCUCUUCCCGGUUUCGAGCUCCGGUUCGUUCACUGCACGCGCCGCCGGUGUGGUCCGAUCCCAGCACCUGACGCGGUCGACAUGGACGCGCUCUACACCCAGGAGCAACGUGCCGUGAUCCUGCGGGUCCUGAACACGGCGCCGGAAUCCGAGCUCGUCACGGUCAAGCUGCUGAGAGGCCGGAAGGCGGCCAACAUCCUCGAGCACCGGAGCAGGCACGGGCCAUUUAAGGACCUGGAGAGCGUGCUUCACGUGCCUUUCCUGAAACACAGGAACGCCGUCGUGGUAUUUAACUCCAUCCUCAACCCGGGUGAGACGACUGAGAGGAAGAAGAGGAAGACUCAGCUCGUCAAGUUCAUCAGGCCAGAAAUGACCAAGGCGCAAUUAAAGGCCAGUUCUAUAGUUUCCAUUGUAUGUGGCACAAAUAAGAUAGCCUGGGCUCACAUGCAUCGGGAAAUGACAGUCCUAGACUGGCAGCAGCAAGAGUGUAGCAGUUUCAUGAACGGCACCUACAUGGCAUCCAGUUAUUUGGAUGAUAUCUCCGAUGUGGUUUCAAACCUCCCCCCCGCCGAUUUCUACGUGGUGGAGAAGACGGGUGUUUCUGUGCAUAACGUCACGCUAUUCCCAGUCAUGGCGCACCUGCGGACAGUCGAAGCCAUGCUCUUCGCCCUGCUGAACCAACGGCGCGAGGUGGGAGCCCUGCCCAAGGUCCUUAACAUGCUGCGCACGGCCGUGGGCCGCCACUUUGACCUGAUGGUGGGCGAGAGUCGCACGAGCGGCGCGCGGGCUGUGCGGCGGAUGAUGACGGAGUCGGUGACGAGAGAGGUGCCGCGCGUGACGUUCCCUAGAGAGUUGCUGCUGCGCUACCGUGGCGCCUUCCAGAUGAGCAGCAGGAGUAAAGGCGAGGAGCUCUGCGACGCGCUGCUCCAGGCUGUGGCUUUCUACGAGCUGCUGGCUGAAUGACAGAAGGCUGGGCAGGUGGGCGGAGCCAGUGGGCACGAGCCCAGCGCGGAUGCCGCGUUCUGAGUGACAGCAAGCCACCGUCCCUUGGCGAAGUCUGCAUGGUCGCGUUCUUAUUCUCGGCUACUGUGCUAACAAGUACUGGAU